GUUUGGCAGUUCUAGUUAUGUAAUUUACAUCAUUUUAUCCUCAAGAGGGCUCUUUAAAAUCUAUUGAAAUCCAACUGGUUUUAACCUUAGCACGUAAACCUAAAAAAAAGAAAGAUCCAUGAUCAAACACAGUAAAAAACACGUUCUACCUCUCUCAACUGUGCCAAUGUAUGAAAAAUAAAUUAAACGAGCCACAAAUAUAGCUAUAAGUUAACACACAUAAGAGGUUGGCUGAUAUUACGCUCUCACUUAGUAUGUCUCAGUUCUUAGUUCUUCAGAAUUUAACACCAGGAAACGGUUCUUUUUAACCUGCACUGCAGAACCAUGUAAUAUAGACUUGCAUUUCCUGAGUGCUGCGGGGCCGCUGUGUUGGAUGAAUGUUGUUCUAAACACAGCGCCAGGAGACUGUCUCUCUCGUAUUCUGUGAAACAGAAAGCAAAGGGAAGGCAAUUGUGACAGCAGACUAAGGAACGAAAAAAAAAAUGUCCUGAUCCUUUCUGAUAAAUUACAAGUCGGUCUCAAAACUUGCAACCUCUUACUGAAAACAGCUUAUCCGGAAUUUCCUUUUUGCUUGGAAACUGGUCGUGGUUGCAGCCUGUUAUCGUGAGAGUUCUCUCCAACACAGGAUCCACUGCGGUGGUGAGAAUCCCAUUAAGAUCCCCGCUUAACUGAAGAUCAGGAUGUCUUGUUGAGUAAAUUACUGGCACUGGAUUGGAACUAUCGAACCUUGGCAUCCGGACCGCAGAAUCUGCAGUGGCUGUCUUCUACAGAUAAAAAAAAAUAAAAAAGGCACACAGGGAGAUAACUAUGUGAAUGUCAGACUGCCGGCUGCUGAGAAGAUAUCUUCUGGAUAGAACUGACUGCAGAAGCCUAACAGCAAACAGCUUGGUAUGGAGGGCUUCCUAAUCUGAAUCACCACUGCUUCUCAAGUAAUUGUAAGUACAUGUGGUGUUAUUGAGUGGCCAGUGCCUGAAAGUUAUGAUGGACCUGUUUCAUGUGCCACUACUGGCUUCCAGCCUUUUUCUGUCUGCCUUGACCACCAUGACACUUGCCCAAAACAACACAGGCUCAAACAGCACCAGCGGUGGUCUUGGAACGAACACAAAGUCGAACACAAACAUUGUCACGCCACUCCUGGUGCUGUUCCUGCUGCUUCUAAUCUGCAUUCUUUCAGCUGUCUAUUUUCUCAGGUUUAGAAACCAGAGGAAGGCAGAUGUCAGUACUGUGGACAAGAAGAUACCAAAUGGCAUUUUAGAAGAACAAGACCUCACUAAAGUUCAGGAGGACAAUGCUGGAGAGCUGAGCACACCGUGCUCUCAAGAACAACAGACUGUCAUGCUCCUCACAAGAUCACCAUCUGCUUCUAAGAAGUACUUCCCUAUUCCUGUUGACUGCUUGGAGGAGGAGUGCAGGAUACGCUCUGCCGAUGACGGAAAACUCUUUCGGGAGGAGUUCAGCUCUUUGCCAAAUGGGUAUUCACAAGGCACAUGCGAGGAGGCCAACAGAGAAGACAACAAAGAAAAAAACAGAUAUCCAAACAUCCUUCCAUAUGACCAUUCCAGGGUGAUUCUGAUGCAAAUUGAUGGCAAUCCUUGUUCAGACUAUAUAAAUGCCUCUUACAUCGAUGGAUACAAGGAAAAGAACAGAUUUAUAGCAGCACAAGGUCCAAAGCAAGAAACUGUUGCAGAUUUCUGGAGAAUGAUAUGGGAACAGAAAUCUGCAACUAUUGUUAUGUUAACAAAUUUAAAAGAAAGAAAAGAGGAUAAAUGUGAUCAGUACUGGCCUGACCAGGGCUGCUGGAUGUAUGGGAAUGUUCGUGUUGCAGUGGAAGAUUUCACAGUCCUCGUGGACUACACCAUACGCAAGUUUUGUGUACAGUAUCAGACAAGUGAGGGCUCCAAGGCCCCCAGAUUGAUAACGCAGCUUCACUUUACCAGCUGGCCUGAUUUUGGAGUGCCUUUCACACCCAUCGGAAUGCUCAAGUUUCUGAAGAAAGUAAAGACAGUCAACCCCUCCUUCGCUGGCCCCAUUGUGGUGCACUGCAGUGCUGGCGUGGGCAGGACAGGGACCUUUAUUGUGAUUGACGCUAUGAUUGACAUGAUGCACGCAGAGCAGAAAGUGGACGUGUUUGCAUUAGUGUCAAGAAUACGAGAGCAGCGUUCACAACUUGUUCAGACUGACAUGCAGUACUCCUUCAUAUAUCAAGCGCUUCUGGAAUACUACCUCUAUGGUGACACAGAACUUGAUGUCUCCUCCUUGGAGGGACACUUACAAAAGCUGCACAAUACCUUAGCUCCGUUUGACAGAGUCGGGCUGGAAGAGGAAUUUAAAAAAUUAACUAAUGUUCGAAUAAUGAAGGAGAACAUGAGGAUUGGUAACCUGCCGGCAAAUAUGAAGAAAAACAGGGUACUUCAGAUCAUUCCAUAUGACUUCAAUAGAGUGAUUCUCUCAAUGAAAAGGGGCCAGGAAAAUACAGAUUACAUCAAUGCAUCAUUUAUAGAUGGCUAUCGACAGAAGGAUUAUUUUAUUGCAACCCAGGGCCCUCUGUCACAGACAGUGGAUGAUUUCUGGCGAAUGGUGUGGGAAUGGAAGUCUCAUUCUAUUGUAAUGCUCACAGAGCUACAAGAAAGAGAACAGGACAAGUGCUUCCAGUACUGGCCAUCAGAGGGCUCUGUAACACAUGGAGACUGGACAGUAGAGAUAAAGGGGGAUGUCCGCUGUGACACUUGCAGUGUGAGAGAUUUUAUGCUGUCGUUCAGCCCAGAGAAACAGACGAGGCUGGUCCGCCAGUUCCACUUCCACGGCUGGCCUGAAAUAGGGAUCCCGGCUGACGGGAAAGGGAUGAUCGACAUCAUAGCAGCUGUGCAGAAACAGCAGCAGCAGUCUGGGAACCACCCCAUCAUAGUGCACUGCAGCGCCGGAGCUGGAAGGACGGGCACAUUUGUUGCACUCAGUAACAUCCUUGAGCGAGUGAAGGCUGAAGGUCUUUUAGACGUGUUUCAAACUGUGAAAAGUUUACGCAUGCAGAGACCUCAUAUGGUGCAAACACUGGAACAGUACGACUUUUGCUAUAGAGUGGUACAAGACUUUGUCGACAUUUUCUCAGAUUAUGCCAACUUUAAAUGAGUAACUCUGCCUUAACCAUAUUAUUUUUAAGUGCCGAUUGGCCAGGGUGUUGUUUUUUUUUUUUUUUUAUAUAUAACUGUAUUAAAUGAUCAUAUAUUUUGCUAUGCACUUGUCCUUAAUGUAACAAAAAAUGCAUAAAAAAGUGCUAUGCACUUGUCCUUAAUGUAACAAAAAAAAUGCAUAAAAGCUGUAUCAUAUUUUCUUAUACCUUUUGUUUUCUGUGCAAACGCCAAAUAGAAUAGCUAAUGUAAAUGAUACAUGAUGUAAAUUUGUUAUUUCCGGUCAUGAUAUCUGACAGUAUUACAUGUGUAUGAAAUUGGGUAUUCAGCUAUGACCAAAAGUGUUGCAAUCAAGAGAAUUUUAGGAUUAAGACAUAAUUUAAAAAAUAAAAUGGUAUGAUUUGACAUGAUUUAGUAGUAGUGUAAUCAAAGAAACUACAAAAUUAUAUUAGAAAAGUCCACCAGAAGCCAGAAUAGCCAGAAUUUUGAAAUGUCACAUUUUUCAAUUUGUUAGUUUUUCGUUAAGUAUAUGGGAAACUAUAAAGC